AUGGAAGAUUCUGUGCAAAUUAGCAAAAAUAAGGCAGAAGAAAAAAUAAUACAAGAGCAGAUUCAAAAACAAUAUGCAAUAAUAAAAAAUAUAUUAAAAAAAGUAACUCUAGAAAAUGAAAAUAUAUGGAAAAUCAAGAUACCAAAAAGCUCAUUAAUAUAUAAAAAUAAUAUACAAGAAACCUUAAAAGAGGCUCAAGAAAGCUGCUGCAGAAAUAUAAAAAUUUGA